AUGACAAUUGCACACCACUGCAUAUUUUUGGUAAUCUUGGCCUUUCUGGCACUAAUUAAUGUGGCCUCAGGAGCCACAGAGGCGUGCUUACCAGCAGGCCAGAGGAAAAGUGGGAUGAAUAUAAAUUUUUACCAGUAUUCAUUGAAAGAUUCCUCCACAUAUUCGAAUGCAGCAUAUAUGGCUUAUGGAUAUGCCUCAAAAACCAAACUAGGUUCUGUCGGAGGACAAACUGAUAUUUCGAUUGAUUAUAAUAUUCCCUGUGUUAGUUCAUCAGGCACAUUUCCUUGUCCUCAAGAAGAUUCCUAUGGAAACUGGGGAUGCAAAGGAAUGGGUGCUUGUUCUAAUAGUCAAGGAAUUGCAUACUGGAGUACUGAUUUAUUUGGUUUCUAUACUACCCCAACAAACGUAACCCUAGAAAUGACAGGUUAUUUUUUACCACCACAGACGGGUUCUUACACGUUUUCUUUUGCAACAGUAGAUGAUUCUGCAAUUUUAUCAGUCGGUGGUAGCAUUGCGUUCGAAUGUUGUGCACAAGAACAACCUCCCAUCACGUCGACUAACUUCACAAUCAAUGGUAUCAAGCCAUGGGAUGGAAGUCUCCCUGACAAUAUCACAGGGACUGUCUACAUGUAUGCAGGCUACUAUUAUCCGCUGAAGGUUGUUUACUCCAAUGCCGUUUCCUGGGGCACGCUUCCAAUUAGCGUGGAAUUGCCUGAUGGUACUACUGUUAGUGAUAACUUUGAAGGGUACGUUUACUCUUUUGACGAUGACCUAAGUCAGUCAAAUUGUACUAUCCCUGAUCCUUCAAUACAUACUACUAGCACUAUCACAACUACCACCGAGCCAUGGACCGGUACUUUCACUUCUACAUCCACUGAGAUGACCACCAUCACCGAUACUAACGGUCAAUUAACUGAUGAAACUGUCAUUGUCAUCAGAACUCCAACAACAGCUAGCACCAUCACAACUACCACCGAGCCAUGGACCGGUACUUUCACCUCUACAUCCACUGAGAUGACUACUGUCACCGGUACCAACGGUCAACCAACUGACGAAACUGUUAUUGUCAUUAGAACUCCAACUAGUGAGGGUUUGAUUACUACAACUACCGAACCAUGGACCGGUACUUUCACCUCUACAUCCACUGAGAUGACUACUGUGACCGGUACCAACGGUCAACCAACUGACGAAACUGUUAUUGUCAUUAGAACUCCAACUAGUGAGGGUUUGAUUACUACAACUACCGAACCAUGGACCGGUACUUUCACCUCUACAUCCACUGAGGUUACCACCAUCACUGGUACCAACGGUCAACCAACUGACGAAACCGUGAUUGUCAUUAGAACUCCAACUAGUGAGGGUUUGAUUACUACAACUACCGAACCAUGGACCGGUACUUUCACCUCUACAUCUACUGAGAUGACUACUGUCACCGGUACCAACGGUCAACCAACUGACGAAACUGUUAUUGUUAUCAGAACUCCAACCAGUGAAGGUCUAAUCAGCACCACCACUGAACCAUGGACUGGUACUUUCACCUCUACAUCUACUGAGGUUACCACCAUCACUGGUACCAACGGUCAACCAACUGACGAAACCGUGAUUGUCAUUAGAACUCCAACUAGUGAGGGUUUGAUUACUACAACUACCGAACCAUGGACCGGAACUUUCACCUCUACAUCCACUGAGAUGACUACUGUGACCGGUACCAACGGUCAACCAACUGACGAAACUGUUAUUGUCAUUAGAACUCCAACUAGUGAGGGUUUGAUUACUAGAACUACCGAACCAUGGACUGGUACUUUCACUUCUACAUCUACUGAGGUUACCACCAUCACCGGUACCAACGGUCAACCAACUGACGAAACUGUUAUUGUCAUCAGAACUCCAACUACUGCCAUCUCAUCCAGUUUGUCAUCUUCUUCAGGACAAAUCACCAGCUCUAUCACGUCUUCGCGUCCAAUUAUUACCCCAUUCUAUCCUAGCAAUGGAACUUCUGUGAUUUCCUCCUCAGUAAUUUCUUCUUCAGUCACUUCUUCUCUAGUCACCUCUUCUUCAUUCAUUUCUUCCUCUGUCAUUUCUUCUUCUACAACAACCUCCACUUCUAUAUUCUCUGAAUCAUCUACAUCAUCCGUCAUUCCAACCAGUAGUUCCACCUCUGGUUCUUCUGAGAGCAAAACGAGUUCGGCUAGUUCUUCCUCUUCUUCCUCUUCUAUCUCUUCUGAAUCACCAAAGUCUCCUACAAAUUCUUCUUCAUCAUUACCACCUGUUACCAGUGCGACAACAGGCCAGGAAACUGCUUCUUCAUUACCACCUGCUACCACUACAAAAACGAGCGAACAAACCACUUUGGUUACCGUGACAUCCUGCGAAUCUCAUGUGUGUACUGAAUCCAUCUCCUCUGCUAUUGUUUCCACGGCCACCGUUACUGUUAGCGGCGUCACAACAGAGUAUACCACGUGGUGCCCUAUUUCUACCACAGAGACAACAAAGCAAACCAAGGGGACAACAGAGCAAACCAAGGGGACAACAGAGCAAACCACAGAAACAACAAAACAAACCACAGUAGUUACAAUUUCUUCUUGUGAAUCUGACAUAUGCUCUAAGACUGCUUCUCCAGCCAUUGUGUCUACAAGCACUGCUACUAUUAACGGCGUUACCACAGAAUACACAACAUGGUGUCCUAUUUCCACCACAGAAUCGAAGCAACAAACUACGCUAGUUACUGUUACUUCCUGCGAAUCUGGUGUGUGUUCCGAAACUACUUCACCUGCCAUUGUUUCGACGGCCACGGCUACUGUGAAUGAUGUUGUUACGGUCUAUCCUACAUGGAGACCACAGACUACGAAUGAACAGUCUGUCAGCUCUAAAAUGAACAGUGCUACCAGUGAGACAACUACCAAUACUGGGGCUGCUGAGACAAAAACAGCAGUCACCUCUUCACUUUCAAGAUUCAAUCACGCUGAAACACAGACAGCUUCCGCGACCGAUGUGAUUGGUCACAGCAGUAGUGUUGUUUCUGUAUCCGAAACUGGCAACACCAUGAGUCUAACAAGUUCCGGGUUGAGCACUAUGUCGCAACAGCCUCGUAGCACACCAGCAAGUAGCAUGGUAGGAUCUAGUACAGCUUCUUUAGAAAUUUCAACGUAUGCUGGCAGUGCCAACAGCUUACUGGCCGGUAGUGGUUUAAGUGUCUUCAUUGCGUCCUUAUUGCUGGCAAUUAUUUAA